AUGCUGGCAGAAGAGCAGUCCACCCUCCUACAGCUCGCUAAACAAGUCCAGUCUUUGACUACGCAGAUUGUCAAUGACUUGAGUGAAAAGAACAUACCAGAGCCGUCCUUCGCAACCGACUCGAGCGCCCUCCCUGAAUCUCCCGAGCACAUUGACCUACGUGUUCGUCUCAACGACAAGGCUCGCGACUUGCUGCGUCUUAUCAAUGGUCCCAAAAAUGACGCACGCACGUUUGUGUGUUACCUGUAUGACUUGACUGCCUGGCAAGUAGCCUGUGAAUUCAACUUCUUCGAAGCUAUCCCCGAGAAUCAAUCAGCAACCAUCGAGGAAAUUGCACAAAGAACCGGCAUAGACCAAGACCGUGCUGCCCGCUUUUUACGCAUGCUCUGUUCAGACCGAGUGUUUGAGGAGACCGAGAAAGAUGUCUUCAGGCACACAUCCAGAAGCAUCCUGUAUCUCCACGACACACAAUGGAGGGACGUGAUGCAUUACCAGCUUGAUGAGUUCUUCAAGGCUGCUUCGGAGACGUCGGAGAGCAUCAAGCAGUCACCCACAGUAGUCAAUGGUCAAACAAAUGCAUUCGUCACAAGGCACGGCAAGAGUCUUUUCGAAUACUACAAACACGAUCCCAAACGAGCUGCACGAUUCGCCAGUGCAAUGGCUGGCGUGUCCAGACUGGAGAGGCAUUUCGGAAUCCUCAGGGAUAGUUUUCCUUGGGGCCAAAUCAGCGGCCGCAAAGUUAUCGAUGUCGGUGGCGGCAGUGGACACAUGAGCGUCAAUCUUGCUCGGACUUUUCCGAACCUUGAACUCAUUGUUCAAGAUUCGCUAAGCAUGCUUUCUUCGGCCUCGCAAAACGACUUUUCAGAUCUCAAUGGACGCGUCACUUUUAUGCCGCAUGAUUUCUUUAGUCCUCAGCCAGUAACGGGGGCUGCGGCAUAUCUACUGCGGUAUAUCACACAUAAUUGGAGUGACGAAGACUGCAUCCGCAUCUUCCGGGCACUCGUUCCUGCACUGGAGAAAAGCCCAGCGGGGACUCCAUUGCUGAUCAACGAUGUGGUACUUCCGGCACUUGGCGAAGCCUCUCUUUACCAGGAAAACCGCAUGCGGCAAGUGGAUAUUAUGAUGAUGUUGGUUCUUGGUGCGAAGCAGCGGACCGAGGAAGAGUUCGGCCGCCUCCUCUCCAACGCCGACACACGAUUCAAGAUCAAGAGCAUUCAUGGCAAAGGCAACAUGAGUCUUAUCGAGGCGUAUCUUGACGUCGAAGACUCUCGCGAGUCAGCGCUGCCAGCUGACGCUGCCGACCUAGGUCUUGAACCGUUUGCGGCACAGCAGCACGUAGACGCCCUCUCCACAAGCAGUAAACGUAGUGGGGCUCGUAUGUAA